GGAAGGUGGGUGUACACACUAGUUGUGCUGUGUGGCUUUACUGUGCCUCGGCUCAGACGUGCUCACACAGCCGAUGCGCAUAUCGUAGGAUCCUACCAAUGUGAGAAGGCGUAAGGACCGAGCGGCAGCCUUGUUGUUAGUGAGAAGUGAGUACGUUUUUGUGCAAAGGCUGUCGACUUUCCGCAGCACAAAGUAAAUAGAGAGAAGCACAAAUGGUUGUGUGUUCAUUUGUUUUACGUUGAGGAGACUGGGUGGAUUUGUAGGUUUUCUGUCUGAAUGGGAAUCCACUCUUUUUAUCGCAGACGGGACUGGACUUCAGACUCAGCGGCUGAUAAGGAGAAGCCUGUACUUUGAACACUCUGCUGUUCGUUUUCUUUCUUCUUUCUCCCUUCUUCAUAAGAUGCCAGGAUUCCAUCCAUCAUACACCGUCCACUUCAGGCCGGGCUGUUCAUCUGGAAGGGCGCCAGACCUUCAGUCUCUCAAAUAUGCAAGUUCAGUCCAAUAAAUGGUGACGUUGUCUGUCAGCCCUGGAAUAAGAAAUCAAUACUCAAGAAAUCAGACACGAUAUUCCUCUGGAAUUUUAACGAACUGUUUUCCCAGCCAUCCUGAUAAAUAUGCGCUUUGGUUGGAUUAGGGUGGUUUGGUCCAGCUUGGCGCUUUUUUAGCUUGAGCAGCGCUGAUGGUGAGAGAUUCUUAGUGUUGAUUUUGUCCAUGCAAGACUCGGGGUGGAAACAUGUCUGGCCACUGCGUUGAGAGGAUCGCUGCUAUCAGAGAUGGCAUUUUGGUCCAGCACUUCGGUUUUCACCUCUAAAGUGCCCCGGAAAAUCUUAUUCAUGUUCACCCUCUCCCUCUCCGUCACCUACUUGUUCUACAGCUUGAUGAGCUGCUACAACUCGCUGCACUUCCCGCUGCAGGACAACUAUGUGUUUCAAGGUAGGCUGGUGACAGAGGAUGCAACUUUUGUGACACUGAGGGAGAAAGUUUACUCGGCUUCACCAGGUUUCACGGAAUUCACACAGGCUGUGAGAACAACCUCGGUUCCUACGGUAAGAGAGCGCGAUGAUGCCGAACAAAGGACGGUGGAGUGGAUUAGGACGCAGACGUCUCCAACUAAAUCUGCGGCGAUGUUUCGCCCCACCGCGCCGGAGAGGGAGCACCAGGAGAUCAGCACCACGGACAGCGGACUCAGGGUGAACUGCACCUCGGAUUACGGGGAGAAGAAACUUCCCCAAGCCAUUAUAAUCGGAGUGAAGAAAGGGGGGACCCGAGCCCUGCUAGAGGCUCUCAGGGUGCACCCAGACGUGAGAGCCGUUGGGAAUGAGCCACAUUUCUUUGACAGGAACUACGAGAAGGGGCUGGACUGGUACAGAGACCUGAUGCCUUCUACGCUGGAGGGGCAGAUCACCAUGGAGAAGACACCAAGCUACUUUGUGACUAACCAUGCCCCUAAGCGCAUCCACUCCAUGGCCAAGGACAUCAAGCUUAUUAUUGUUGUGCGUAAUCCUGUCACUAGAGCCAUUUCAGACUAUACACAGACCUUAUCUAAGAAACCCGAGAUCCCCACUUUUGAGGUUCUGGCUUUUAAGAAUCGGACGCUGGGGCUUAUAGAUGCCUCCUGGAGUGCUUUGCGUAUAGGAAUAUAUGCACUCCACCUGGAGAGCUGGAUGCAGUACUUCCCUCUUUCCCAAAUGCACUUUGUAAGUGGGGAGAGGUUGAUUGUGGACCCCGCCGGAGAAAUGGCUAAAGUGCAGGACUUCCUUGGACUGAAGCGGAUUGUCACAGACAAACAUUUCUACUUCAAUAAAACAAAGGGAUUUCCAUGUCUAAAGAAGCCAGAGGACAGCAGCACCCCGAGGUGCCUUGGCAAGUCCAAAGGAAGAACUCACCCCAAAAUUGACCCAGACGUGAUUCGGCGGCUGCACAAAUUCUACAAACCCUUUAACAUGAUGUUCUACCAAAUGACUGGCCAGAACUUUGAAUGGGAGCUGGAGGAGGACGGUGUUUCCCGUAGCUCUCAGGACUAGCAUGGCACCACUUAACCACACCACCAGCCUUCUCACUCAAAAAACCAUUGCCCCACUUCAUCUUAAGAGAGUAAUUGAGUGCCCCAAUCAAUUAUGGCUCUCCUUGCAGUUUGUGUAUGCAUUAGCAAGAGUUUACUGACAUGCUUUUUCUUGAAGAUGGCAAACCGUUAUGUAUACUAAACAUAAAAUAUAUUUAUAUUUGUGUAAAUGAGAUGAUUUAUUCGUUUUGAUUUAAAAUCAUAGAAUUGAUAAAAUCACAUUGACUAUGGCAAUGCAUGUGAUGGGUUAAGUGUCCUUACCUCAUAAGCCCUAAGGGUUAACUCUGCCCAUAUCUUCUCCCUUUACUUUCCUGCUGUUUGUUGCCCACACGCCCACUCACCAGCAUCUGACACAAAAAAAAUACUUUAUUUUAACCAAGGCCACAAAGUGCUCUGUAUUGUUUCUUUUAACAUAGUCUUGCUGCCGAAAGGAGAACCUAUAAAGUAUUAUUAUGGUUUGACAUAAGCUCACCCUUCAUGUUGUCCAUAUUUUGAAUGGAGACAAUCCUUUUAAGUCUACCAAAGUGCUCAUUUAUUCUGUUUUGUCACUGCUUUGGUUGCUUGGCAAUUAUUAAUUACACAAAAAUUCUAAAAACUAGCUAAUGUACAUUGGCCAUCGUUCAACAGUUUGUUUGUUUUUUUCGCUGCACAGUUAAACAUUGGUAUACUGAUGAUCAUAGACUUUAAAAGUUUCUGUUGCCCUGAUUUAAUUUUACAAAUAGGUCUAUAUGUUUCUUGUGCAUCCAGACAAGAUUUUCAGUCCCUAGAACAGUCAAAAUAUCAGCUAACUGCUAUGCUUCUGUUUUCCUCAUGACCCUUCUUUUGUCACAGUAGUACAUGUCAACAAAGGGGAAGAACAACACCAUAGGACCGAACAGGAGUUUGUUACUAAACAUCUGCUGCAGCACGAUCCUCUGUCAUUAGAGAUUAAUGGUGUGUUAAAUAAACUGCUGCUGCUGGAACAAAGUCAAUGUCAGACAGAAUUUGCUGUCAAGGUAAAGCCACAUACAGGUCCAGGUAAAUUACCAAGCCAUUACUGUAUGUGCUUAACUUGAACGAGAACGCUUCUGCCUGGUAAAUGUGGUGUAACAUGAAGUUUAUUAGCAAAGAUGUGAUCAACAGGGUUUUGUUGUGAAAUUUGCCUAAGCAAUGGUUCACCGUGACUCAUCAUCUUAUUUUCUGUUUUGCAUAACUCACUGUGUGUCUGUGUUUUGUCUCUGGACUUUUCAUCAAUUGAGACAAUCAAUACAGUCAAUGAGUCAAUAAAUACAGUCUGCUUCACA